AUGGACCCAGGCGGCGCAACCCAUGUCGCCACCGCCUGCAGUGGCUCGACCGCCGGUCAGGUCGGCGUUCAGAUCCACCAGCCCCGACGCCUCCCAGAUUUCCUCCAGAGCGUCAAUCUCAAGUACGUCAAAUUAGGGUACCAUUACCUCAUCUCCAAUCUCUUAACCCUCUGCUUCAUCCCCUUGAUUAUCGUAACCCUAAUCGAAGCCUCCCAGAUGGACCUUUCCGACAUUCAGCAGCUCUGGCUUCACCUCCAGUACAAUCUCGUCAGCGUCAUCAUCUGCUCCGCCGUCCUCGUCUUCGGUUUGACCGUUUACAUCAUGACCCGACCCAGACCCGUUUAUUUGGUCGAUUACGCUUGCUAUCGCCCUCCCGAUCACCUCAAGGCUCCCUACCACCGUUUCAUGGAGCACUCCAGGCUCACCCAGGACUUCGACGAUUCCUCCCUUGAGUUCCAGCGCAAGAUUCUCGAGCGUUCUGGCCUCGGCGAAGAGACCUACGUCCCCGAAGCGAUGCAUUACAUCCCUCCCAGGCCCUCCAUGGCCGCCGCCAGAGAAGAGGCGGAGCAGGUCAUGUACGGUGCUUUGGAUAAUCUGUUUGCCAAUACCCAUGUCAAGCCUAAGGACAUUGGCAUUCUUGUUGUGAAUUGCAGCUUGUUUAAUCCGACGCCGUCUCUAUCCGCUAUGAUUGUUAAUAAGUACAAAUUGAGGGGUAAUAUUAGGAGUUUCAAUUUGGGGGGAAUGGGUUGUAGUGCUGGGGUCAUAGCCGCUGAUCUUGCUAAGGACUUGUUGCAAAUUCAUAGGAAUACUUAUGCUAUUGUUGUCAGUACUGAGAACAUUACUCAGAAUUGGUAUUUUGGGAAUAAGAAAUCUAUGUUGAUUCCCAAUUGCUUGUUUCGAGUUGGGUGCUCUGCAGUUUUGCUCUCUAAUAAGUCUGCGGAUUGGAGGCGGGCUAAGUACAAGCUUGUUCAUGUUGUGAGGACCCAUCGUGGUGCAGAUGAUAAGGCUUUUCGUUGCGUUUACCAGGAACAGGAUGAUAAGGGGAAGACUGGUGUUUCUUUGUCCAAAGAUUUGAUGGCAAUUGCUGGUGGGGCGCUUAAAACCAACAUCACCACUUUGGGUCCUAUUGUGCUUCCAAUAAGUGAGCAGCUUCUUUUCUUUUCGUCACUUGUGGUUAAGAAGCUGUUCAAUGCGAAUGUCAAACCUUAUAUCCCGGAUUUCAAGCUGGCAUUUGAUCAUUUUUGCAUACACGCCGGAGGAAGGGCUGUGAUUGAUGAGCUGGAGAAGAACCUGCAGUUGCUACCUAUACAUGUGGAGGCUUCUCGAAUGACUCUACACCGGUUUGGGAAUACUUCAUCGAGCUCCAUUUGGUAUGAAUUGGCCUACAUGGAGGCCAAGGGGAGGAUCCGCAAGGGCAACCGUGUCUGGCAGAUUGCCUUCGGUAGUGGCUUUAAGUGUAACAGUGCGGUCUGGGAGGCACUUCGGAAUGUGAAGCCAUCUCGUAAUGGUCCUUGGGAAGACUGCAUUGACAAGUAUCCCGUGAAACUAGUUUCCUAG